UUUCAGCCUAGAGGCAACCGCAAACAUGGUGCAUCCUUUAUCAUCACAAAAGCAAUUAGAGAUCGUUUAUUAUUUUUACAACAGUACAUCUGGUACAGCCCUGCACCUUUUUUGCUCCCUGAUGGACUGGUUCGCUUGGUUAAUAAACAGAUAAACUGGCAUUUGGUACUUGCAAGCAAUGGGAAACUUCUGGCUGCUGUUCAAGAUCAGUGUGUGGAAAUCAGGUCUGCAAAGGAUGAUUUUACGUCAAUUAUUGGGAAAUGUCAAGUUCCUAAAGAUCCCAAACCCCAAUGGAGACGCGUAGCAUGGAGUUAUGAUUGUACCCUGCUGGCCUAUGCUGAAAGUACAGGAACUGUGAGGGUCUUUGAUCUAAUGGGAAGUGAGCUGUUUGUCAUUUCUCCUGCUUCUGGAUUUGCAGGUGAUUUGAGCUAUGCUAUUGCUGGGUUGAUAUUUUUAGAAUAUAAAGCAAGUGCACAGUGGUCUGCAGAACUCUUGGUCAUCAAUUACCGAGGAGAACUUAGAAGUUACCUUGUAAGUGUUGGAACAAAUCAAAGCUACCAAGAAAGUCACUGUUUCAGCUUUAGUAGUUAUUACCCUCAUGGAAUCAACACAGCGAUGUACCAUCCCGGUCACAGACUUUUACUGGUUGGUGGAUGUGAAUCUGCUGACGUGGGCAAAUCCAAAGCUUCUCGCUGUGGCCUUUCUGCCUGGAGAGUUCUCUCAGGAUCACCUUAUUAUAAGCAGGUCACUAAUGGUGGAGACAAAGUGACUGUGGUGCCACAGACACGAGGAUUAUUAAGGAUGUUAAGUGUGAAGCUGUACAGCCGGCAAGGACAAGAACAGGAUGGGAUCUUUAAGAUGAGCCUCUCUCCAGAUGGAACUCUCCUUGCAGCCAUUCAUUUCUCAGGAAAACUGAGCAUCUGGGCCAUUCCGUCUCUGAAGCAACAAGGGGAAUGGAAUCAAAAUGAGCAGCCAGGCUUCGAUGACCUUAAUCCUGACUGGAGACUUUCUACUGAGAAGAGAAAAAAAAUAAAAGAUAAAGAGUCCUUUUACCCGCUGAUUGAUGUCAGUUGGUGGGCAGAGAGUGCAGUUACUCUGGCUCGCUGUUCUGGAGCUUUGACUGUUUCCUCCGUGACAACGUUGAAGAAUUUGUUGGGGAAGUCUUGUGAGUGGUUUGAGCCAUCACCUCAAGUCACUGCUGCCCAUGAUGGGGGGUUUUUAAGUUUGGAGUGUGAAAUUAAACUUGCUCCCAAAAGAUCUCGGCUAGAGACUAGAUGUGGGGAAGAAGAUGACGGGGAGGAGGAUUCUGACUCUGAUCGUGAGAUUUCUGCGAAGACUCGGUACUUUGGUUAUGUAAAACAGGGCCUUUACUUAGUGACUGAAAUGGAGCGGUUUGCACCACCCCGGAAACGCCCACGAACAAUUACUAAAAACUAUCGCCUUAUAAGUUUGCGAUCCACAACUCCAGAGGAACUUUAUCAGAGAAAGAUUGAAAGUGAAGAAUACGAGGAAGCAUUGUCUCUGGCGCAUACGUACGGCCUGGAUACUGAUCUGGUAUAUCAGAGGCAGUGGAGGAAAUCAGCAGUCAACAUCGCUUCAAUUCAGAAUUAUUUGAGUAAAAUCAAAAAACGAUCCUGGGUUCUUCAUGAGUGUUUGGAAAGAGUUCCUGAAAAUGUGGAUGCUGUGAAAGAACUGCUUCAGUAUGGCUUGAAAGGCACUGAUCUGGAGGCUCUCCGAGCAAUCGGGGAAGGGGCAGAUGCCGGCAGAUUUACAUUAGCUGGUGAAGUUGACCUUGACAACUUCCCCUAUGAAGAACUUUCCCCCGAGGAGCCAGAGCCCGCCAUGAGUACAAAGGAAAAGGCGCUCCUGAAGAGACGAGAACUCCUUAAAUUAGUGAACUUUUCAAAGCUAACACUGGAACAAAAGGAACUUUGCCGCUGUAGAUUGAAAUUAUUAACCUACCUAGAUCGACUUGCAACAUAUGAGGAAAUCUUAGGAAUGCCUCAUGCAUCUGAACAGAGAUAUGAUGCUGAAUUUUUUAAGAAGUUCCGAAAUCAAAAUAUUGUACUCUCAGCAAGGACUUAUGCUCGGGAAAGUAAUGUACAAGCCCUAGAAAUUCUCUUCACUUACCAUGGUGCAGACUUGCUGCCUCAUCGCCUAGCAAUUCUUUCCAACUUUCCAGAGACCACUUCCCCACAUGAGUAUUCUGUUUUACUGCCUGAAGCUUGUGGCAGUGAUGGCUCCUUGGUGAUCAUUCCUUGGCAUGAACAUACACACCGAGAUAAGGAUUGGUGUGAGGAGUCGGCGUGCAAAAUGGUUGUUGAGCCAAGUCUCCAAGAUGAAAAUGAAUUUUUGUAUAGUGCACAGCCCGAAUUACUCAAAUACAGGACAACUCAGCUUGCCGUGGAGAAGGUUACAGAAUGGUACCGCACCCGAGCAGAGGAGAUAGAGCAUUAUGCUCGACAGGUUGACUGUGCAUUGUCACUUAUUCGGCUUGGAAUGGAGCGCAAUAUUCCUGGUUUGCUGGUUCUGUGUGACAAUUUGGUUACCCUGGAAACAUUGGUUUAUGAAGCCGGAUGUGACUUAACCCUAACCCUGAAAGAACUCCAACAGAUGAAAGACUUUGAGAAGCUAAGACUGCUGAUGGAGAGUUGCUCAGAAGAUAAGUAUGUGACGAGUGCCUAUCAGUGGAUGGUCCCUUUCCUUCACCGCUGUGAGAAGCAGUCUCCUGGUGUCGCCAAUGAACUGUUAAAGGAAUACCUGGUAACGUUAGCGAAAGGAGACUUAACAUUUCCUCUGAAGAUAUUUCAACAUUCCAAACCAGAUCUACAGCAAAAAAUUAUACCUGAUCAAGACCAGCUGAUGUCAGUCGCCCUGGAGUGCAUCUACAGCUGUGAGCGAAGUGACCAACUCGCCCUUUGCUAUGACAUAUUGGAAUGUCUCCCACAAAGGGGUUAUGGUCACGAGACAAAUGUGUCCAGAACACUUCAUGACAUGGUAGACCAACUGGAACAAAUGCUCAGUGUGUCAGAGCUUUUGGAGAAACAUGGCCUUGGGAAACCAGUUUCAUUCGUUAAGAAUACUCAGUCAAGCUCAGAAGAAGCACGCAAGCUGAUGGUGAGAUUGACCAGGCACACUGGGCGGAAGCAGCCUCCCGUGAGUGAGUCUCAUUGGCGAAUGCUGCUGCAAGAUAUGUUAACUAUGCAGCGGAAUGUUUACACGUGUCUAGACCCCGAUGCUUGCUAUGCGAUAUUUACCGAAAGCCUUCUGUGUUCCAGCCACCUUGGAAACAUCCACCUUGCUGGGCAGAUGAUGCAUUGCUCUGCUGUCUCGGGCAAUCCACCAGCUAGUGGAGCUCAUAAAGGGAAAACCCGGUACAAGGUCAGCUAUGAAAAGAGUAUUGACUUGGUUUUGGCUGCCAGCCGAGAGUACUUCAAUUCGUCUACCAGCCUCACUGAUAGCUGCAUGGAUCUGGCCAGAUGCUGUUUACAACUGAUAACAGAUAGGCCCGUUGCCAUUCAAGAGGAGCUAGAUCUUAUUCAAGCCCUCGGAUGCCUUGAAGAAUUUGGGGUAAAGAUCCUGCCUCUACAAGUGCGACUGUUCUCCGAUCGAAUUGGCCUCAUCAAAGAGUGUAUUGCCCAGUCUCCAACAUGCUACAAACAAUCAGCCAAACUCCUGGGCCUUGCUGAGUUGCUGAGGGUAGCAGGUGAGGACUCAGAAGAAAGACGAGGACAGGUUCUAAUACUUUUAGUAGAGCAAGCACUUCGUUUCCAGGACUACAAAGCAGCCAAUAUGCAUUGUCAGGAGCUGAUGGCUACAGGUUUUUCUAAAAGUUGGGAUGUGUGUAGCCAGUUAGGACAAUCAGAAGGCUACCAGGAUGUGCUUACUCGUCAGGAGCUCAUGGCUUUUGCUUUGACACAUUGCCCUCCGACCAGCAUUGAAGGUCUUUUGGCAGCUAGCAGCUCUCUGCAAACAGAAAUUCUUUACCAAAGAGUGAAUUUCCAGAUUCAUGCAGAAGGAGACAGAAAUAUCAGCAUUGCACCAUUAAUUAGCAAAGCCCUGCCGGAGGAUGAAGGGAAUGUUCUAGGCAGCAGUUCAGCUGACCUAUUACACUGGACCACUACCGCCACCAUGCAAGUUCUUUCCAAUACCACCACUACCACCAAGGCAGUGCUGCAAGCCGUCAGGGAUGGACAGUGGUGGAAGAAGUCUUUAACUUACCUUCGGCCCCUUCAGGAGCAGGGUUUUGGCGGUGCUUAUCGCGGUGGGAGCACAGCGAAUGAAGACCUAGGAAAGCAAGGCUGUCAUCCAUUUUAUGCAUCUGUUAUCUCCGAUCCUUUUCUCACGGAGUCGGAAGGGACCCACGGCACCUAUCAGCACGUUCCAGCAGAAAGCUUUGCCGAAGUGUUGCUGAGAACUGGGAAGCUGACAGAGACAAGAACUGAAGGGGAAGAAGGAUUUCCAACAACAGAAGUUCUGUUACAACUCGCCAGUGAUGCGUUACCGAAUGACAUGACCUUGGCUCUGGCUUAUCUCCUUGCUUUGCCACAGGUGUUAGAUGCUAACAAGUGCUUUGAAAAGCAGUCCCACUCUGCUUUAUCUCUCCAGCUGGCAGCGUAUUACUAUAGCCUACAGAUCUAUGCCCGCUUGGCACCAUGUUUCAGCGACAAGUGCCAUCCUCUCUACAGGGCUGAUCCCAAAGAGCUAAUCAGGAUGGUCACCAGGCAUGUGACCCAACAUGGACAUGAAGCCUGGCCCGAGGAGCUCGUCUCCCUGACUAAGCAGCUGCACUACUACAACGAGCGUCUCCUGGAUUUCACUCAAGCACAGGUCCUUCAAGGCCUUCGGAAGGGAGUGGACGUGCAGCGGUUUCCUGCAGAUGACCAGUAUAAGAGGGAAACUAUUCUUGGUCUGGCAGGAACACUUGAGGAACACGUCUACAGCAUUGCUCUUUCUCUGGCGCAGCGCUACAGUGUGUCCCGUUGGGAGGUUUUUAUGACCCAUUUGGAGUUCCUGUUCACGGACAGUGGUUUGUCUACAGUGGAGAUCGAAAAUCGAGCCCAAGCCCUGCAUCUUUUUGAGACUUUGAAAACUGAUCCUGAAGCGUUUCAGAAGCACAUGGUCAAAUACAUUUACCCCACUAUUGGUGGGUUAGAUCAUGAAAGACUUCUGUAUUACUUCACUCUUCUAGAGGACUGUGGCUGCACAGAUUUGGGGAGAUAUGCUAUUAAACCAGACACCCACAUUCGGCUGCUGAAGAAAUUCAAGGUGGUUGCCGCAGGUCUUAAUUACAAAAAGCUGACAGAUGACAACACAAGUCCUCUUGAAGCAUUGGAGCCAGUUCUUUCAAGUCAAAACAUUUUAUCUAUUUCCAAACUUGUUCCCAAAAUCCCUGGAAAGGAUGGACGAAUGCUCUCCCCAAGCUCUCUGUACACCAUCUGGCUACAGAAGUUGUUCUGGACUGGAGACCCUCACCUCAUUAAACAAGUCCCCGACUCCUCACCCGAGUGGCUUCAUGCCUAUGAUGUCUGCAUGAAGUACUUUGACCGACUCCACCCCGCUGACCUGAUCACUGUGGUUGAUGCAAUUACAUUUUCUCCAAAAGCUGUGGACAAGCUAUCUGUGGAAGCACGUAAAGAGAUGACUAGAAAAGUUAUUAAGACAGUCGAACAUUUUAUUGAGAAGCCAAGGAAAAGAAAUUUAGAAGAAGGCACUGAAGAAAAGAGUGAUUCUAAAGUUACCUAUGCAGAUGCACUGAGUCACCUGGAAAAGUCACUGGCCCACCUGGACACCCUCAGCCAUAGCUUCAUUGUCUCUCUGAAGAAUAGUGAGCAGGAAACGCUGCAGAAAUACUGUAACCUCUAUGACCUGUCUCGCUCAGAAAAAGGGAAGCUUUAUGAUCAAGCUGUGGCCAUGUGUUUAGAUGGUCAACCUCUACGAAUGAUUCAGCAGCUGCUAGAGGUAGCCGUUGGUCCUCUGGAUAUCUCGCCCAGGGAUGUCGUACAGCGGGCCAUAAUGCAAAUAAUCUCGGCAUUAAGUGGAGCCAGUGCUGACCUUGGUGGGUCACGGGACCCCCUCCAAGUCCUGGAAGCUGUGGUUUCAGCAGUCCAUGACAGUGUGGAAAAGGGAGAGGAGCUGCUUUCCUCGGAGGACCUGCUGCGGUGGCUGCGGCCCUUCUGCGGGGAUGACGCGGUGCCCGUGCGGCCCCGCAUCCACGCGCUGCGGCUCGUGGAGCAGUGCUUCCACCUGAGCGAGGAGGACGGCAAGCUCCUGGUGUUCUUUAGGACGGAGGCCGUUCUCAGAGCGGCUUGGCCCCAGAGGCAGGUAGCUGUAAGUGACAUUGAAACUGAAGAGAACCGCUGCUCUCUCUUCAUGGAGCUCCUUGACUCCAGCUCCCAGGAGGAGGACUUCCAACACUUGGUGUUGCUCCUGCAAGCUUGGCCACCUGUGAAAAGUGAAUGUGUAACAAACACUCACCCAUGGGUGAGACUAGUUACAGCGAUGUUGACCAGAUGUACCGCAGAGAACAAGGCCAGGCUGGGAGAGGAAGUACUGAAAAUCUGUCGGUCUCUGUAUAGCACUCAGCAGAUGCUCCCUGCAGAGUGCAUCAAGGAGCUGUGCUUGCUGCUGCUGGACCAGCGCCUCUUGCUUCCGGCCCUGAAACUGCUUCUCGAGAGCCAAGACGAGCGUCUCGGUGCCCUGGCACUGGAGCAGCUCACAGCUGUUGCUAAGGUGGAUGAUUCCAAUUGUGACCCAGAACUUCUUUCCCUACUCCUGGAUGCCAAACUGUUGGUGAAGUGUCUCGCUACUCCCUUUUAUCCCCGUAUGAUUGACCACCUCCUGGCCAGCCCACAGCAAGGGCGCUGGGACGCAGAGGAGCUGAGCAGACACCUGUGGGAGGCCGGCCAUGAAGCUGAAGCCGGGUCACUCCUUUUAGCUGUGAGGGGGACACAUCGGGCUUUGAGAACUUUCAGCACAGCCCUGAGCGCAGGACAGCACUGGGUGUGAGCUUGCCCGCAGUGGGUGCAGGUGCCAGUCUCCCUGGGGAGAAGAAAAGCCAGAGCCAAAUGCUCUUCCCAGAAGCAACAUAUAUGCCCGCUGAUUGUUCCAAGUGAUUGCAGCAAAUUGCAAAUAAAGCUGUAUGUAAAUUGUGA